AUGCAAUUUCCGAGUUUCCGUCAACCUUAUGUUCUACUUGAACCCAAAUUAAACAGAUUUCGACAAAUACACUCAGUUGCAGAUCAGAACGGAAAGGCACGAGUUGUGGUGAAAUAUCAAUGUACCGGUAGGGUUGAUAACAUAUAUAACGUUCCUCUGCUGACAAUUCCUGUACAAGGUUUCCUCGAAUACACCCGUUCGUGUAUCAACUGGGUUUCCACAGGAGACUCAGCUGAAACUCUCGUUUACGAUAUUCUUCAACUGAAUAUCCUGCACUAA